AUGGAUCGCAGCCUAGAUCGCAGCCGCCGCCGCGCCGCCAUCGCCUGCGUAGUUGCAUCCACGGCCUUCUCAGCUGCCGCCUUUGCCUACGCAACUGACGCCCCUGUCGGCGACCUAGCUGCCGCCGCCGCCCACGCUGCCGCCUUGGGCUACGCAGCCGACGAAGCGGCCAACGCAGCCAUCGAAGCGACCUACGCAGCUUACGAGCCCGUCGGCAACCCAGCUGCCGCCGCGGCCUACGCAGCUGCCGUCGCGGCGGCAUUUACAGCUGACCAUCCCGUCGGUGACCCAGCUGCUGCCGUCGUCGACGGGGACGACCCCGCCGCCGCCGCUCCCGUCAACAACUCCCCCCAACCGACCCCGACCCGCCGACCCCGAUCCAGUCAACAACCCCCGCCCCCCGCCGAUCCGUCAACAACGACAAUGUAA